GGCCGCCCAUACAAGUUGUAGGCAAAAUGAGAGCGGGUCUGUAGUGGUGGGCGUAUCACCGCACACCUUAACGCGAGUCGGCACUUCAUGGCAACAGAUUGACCAGCCAACAUCGUGCCGCAACUGUCUCUGCCCGCUAAAGUUUUGUUUGAUGCCCCGAAGUAUCCUGACGUGGUUGGUUGUGCAAAUUGUUAAUGGAGAGUCGAGAACAUUUUCAAGCUCCAUCAUGAACGGAUUGAAGUGCGUCUUUCUCUUCUCGCUGGUAGCCAGCGCAUUCGUAUCAUGCAACGCCGAAGUUGACUCCUUAGAUAGCCUACUUCGGCGCGUCAUCGCCGGAAUAAAAGCCGAAAAUGCGCAGACGGCUGGUGGUUACAUUCAGCGCCUGACGUCGGGCGCGACGAAGGCCGAUGGUAAGACGGCUAUCGACCGCAUCUCUGUGCUCGACAAGCAGGACGGUACGUUGCUGGCGUCUGGCGGUCAGGGAGCGGUACCUCUGUCCGCCAUGCAGAGGAACGCCAUUGUUAGCGCGUUCACGAGCGGGCGCUUCGACUCAUUCCAAACCAACGGGUUGACCGUCGGCGAUCGCAUGUACCGCGUCGCGGGCACUCCGUCGGCCGACGGCGUAGUCACGCUUGUCAGCCGGAAUGGCACCAUCAACAUGAAGAAGGCCAACUUCGGAAUUGUCGUCGUUCAGUCUCCGAAGGGUGGAAUGACGGCUGCUGUUGACGCCAUGAAAACUACAACCAAGUAGUUCCAUUUCAGAAACGGACCUGAUGAUUUAUCUCAAACGGUGUAGUAAGAGUUUUGCUAGGCAAAUGCAUGUUUUUGUUUAAUUAAACCGUUCAAACAGCCCAACCUGCAUAACGCAGAGACUUUUGACAAGAAAAUUGUUGACUAAACAAUCAUCAGUAGUUUGAAAGAAUAGAAAUCAAAAUAUUUGCAUAUAGUUAGCCACGAGCAUGUUAAUUUAAGUUUCACUAUUGGUUUAAGGGAACACGAUUUUUGAAACCGAUUUCUAUCGAUAUGUAUACUUAAUGUCGAUGAAACUUUCACCAACUUUCUUAUUCCCAGAUAAAACCAAUUUGCUUAUUCUUGAAAUCUGCUGAAGAUAUAAACGGCCUAUUAAAACAGUAACGAUGGAUGUUGAUACUCAA